AUGCUUCUUCAGUCAAUUCCUGGCCUUGAAGAGUGUCUCAUGAGUAGCUCAGAGGAAGAAGUUGCUAUUGUGUCUAGUCUGAUACAGAAGGGUGCUGUGAGUGCGAGAUCUGACGACACGAAGAGCCUGAAGAGGGCCAUCUUGGAUUGGAUCACUCCUAAGGGCCAAUCAUUGAAUCCACCCCUGUCUCGUAAUGUGAAGGUGGAUCAAGAUCCAUGGAAUGGUCUAUUUUGUAGUGCUCUUCUUAUCACAACAUACAAACAUAUCUUCACAUCUCCCAGUUCUGUUGACAAGGAGCCCAAAGCUACCCGUGCUGAAAAUGCACGUAUCCAUGGGAUGACCAAGGUUACAGGUGCCUCUAUUGCAUAUGUUGCCACUCAGGUUCAAUUUGCUCUGUCUUCCUCACCUGUGUUCUCAAGAACGGACAUGGCUACUGACUCGGAGUGCUUUUACAUGUCGAUUCUCAAUUUAUUUGAGGAUCUCGACGAGCAAGUUGAAGUAUCUGAAUUGAUUACUUGGUAG